GUAAAGAAUUACUCAUCCGUUAUCGGGACUGACCUACUUAUUGCGAUACUAGGCGUGCAUUUAACGAUCGUCCGGAAUUACAAGCUAAUCGAUGACAUCGUGCCAACGUUGUAUCCUAGAAAGAGGAUGCUGCGGUUCCAUGAGGAAGAGGACCAUCGUCGGCGGAUACGCAUUCACUUGGUGGUUUGUCACCGACGUACAGCGAUUAUCGCUAGAGGUGAUGACGCUGAAUCCAGUGUGCGAGAGCGUGGAAACGGCUCAAGGAGUACCGUUAACAGUCACCGGAGUAGCACAAUGCAAAAUCAUGAAGGCCGAUGAAUUGUUACACACUGCCAGUGAACAAUUUCUUGGGAAAAGCGUUCACGAGAUCAGGUCUACGAUUCUGUCCACUUUAGAGGGUCAUCUUCGAGCUAUACUAGGAACGCUCUCCGUGGAGGAAGUCUACAAGGAUCGAGAUCAAUUUGCGGCUCUCGUGCGAGAAGUCGCCGCACCGGACGUUGGUCGCAUGGGAAUCGAGAUCCUCUCGUUCACGAUAAAGGAUGUUUACGAUGAAGUUCAAUAUUUAACAUCGCUCGGAAAAGCUCAGACGGCUGCCGUUAAAAGAGAUGCUGAUGUAGGCGUCGCCGAGGCAAAUCGAGAUGCUGGCAUUAGGGAAGCGGAAUGCGAAAAGUCGGCGAUGGACAUAAAAUAUAAUACCGACACGAAGAUAGAGGACAACGCGAGACUGUACCAAUUGCAAAAGGCUAAUUUCGAUCAAGAAGUAAAUACAGCGAAAGCCGAGGCUCAAUUAGCUUACGAGCUUCAAGCGGCAAAGAUAAAACAGCGGAUACGAAACGAGGAGAUACAGAUAGAAGUUGUGGAAAGGCGCAAGCAAAUCGAAGUCGAGGAACAGGAGGUCCGUCGAAAGGAGCAUGAGCUCCAGAGCACAGUGCGAUUACCAGCCGAAGCUGAAUUCUAUAAAAUGGGAAGAAUCGCCGAGGGAAAAAGAACUCAAACUGUAAGUGCAGCAAAAGCCGAAGCUGAGAAAAUUCGAUUGAUUGGAGAGGCCGAGGCUCACGCUCUAGAAGCUGUCGGUAUAUCGGAGGCCGAACGCAUGCGAAUGAAAGCAAUGGUUUACAAAAAGUACGGCGAUGCAGCGAUACUCAAUAUCACUCUGAAUGCCUUGCCGAAGAUCGCAGCCGAAGUCGCGGCACCAUUAGCGAGAACGGAAGAAAUUGUACUUCUCGGCGGAAGCGAUGCGACCAGUGGAGAACUUACGCGUCUCGUUGGACAAGUACCUCCAGCUGUACAAGCGUUAACUGGAGUAGACCUUUCCAAAGUGUUAGGAAAAAUACCAGGCGCAAAGUAAUGCCGAACAAUGUGAAUCCUGGGACGGCGAUCAGGCGAUUAAAUUUGGAAUAGAUUUGAAGAAGGGGCAAAAUCUAUACUGCCAAAGGUUUUUCUGCUAUUCUGUCAUCUAUCGACGACACACUCUCCGCUUUUUCUUCUUACCCGAAUUUUACUCUACCUCAAGUCCAUUCGAAGCAGCGCCGCGAAUUUUUUUUUCUUUAAUCCCUUGUCGUGUGAAUAAAGCCAUUCGAGUUGCUCGCGUCGUACUCGCACGUUCCUUGUCUUAAAUACGAUACAUAUGUACGUGUGCAUCGAUAAUGUUGCAUUUUAUUGGUGUGAUGCCGAUGGUGUAAUCGUGAUUUAGGGGACGAGCGAUUUAACGCAGUUUUGAAUUACAAAUUGGGUACACGAGAAAGAUAUAUAUUCACACACAAAAAUGCGACAAUCCUCUCCAAAGGUUUCGAUAUAUUUUAUUUUUUCAAUUAUAAAUAUUGAUCGUUUUCGAAAUUUGUAAAAAGAAGCACUGCCCGUGGCCGUGCCUAAGAUAGAAACGAUUAAGAAUGUAAUGCAAAUACAACUACUACUUGCUACUGGAAUGCAUAAAGUGACGCGAAAUUUACACGGUGUAAAAGAUAUACAGAGUUUUAUUUAUCAGAAAGAUAGGGAAUAUUUUAAUGUUCGUUCAUUUCUAUAGAUAUAAAUCUUUAUCAAGUAGCAUUGCAUGCAUUUUACUGCGUAUCAGGGAACUAUUUGUUACCGCACCAAGCAAAUUGGAAGAACGAUAAGAAAAGAAAAUCACUGACAUCGAAUGAGUUCAUAUACUUGAAACUCCUAAUUACGGUACACAAAAUUGAUAACAAUUGAAUACUUGAAAUGGAAAAUAAGCCUAAUAAAUCACUGCCGUGUCAAAAAUCCAUUUUGCUCUUCUUCCACAACUAUAUUUUCUAAAAUAUUUUGCGACGAAUUAUAAUAAAUACUUUUGUUUUGAUAGAUUUUAAAGUGUGUGUGCGUGUGUAUUACACACACACACACACCCAUAUAUAUAUUCUUGUAAUUCAUAAUACAACCGAAAAAGGGUCAAUUUUAGAAAUGCUAGCAAACAAGCGCUUCGCGUGUACGCUAUUUAAUGUUUUGUACUUCAUUUUUACUAUUACACUAUAUUAACCUCAAUACACAAUUAUCAAAGCAAUGCAAUAACAAUCGCUCACACAAAGUAAAUGCAAGGAGAUAAUUAAUCGUAAUCGCGAAAAAGCAACAACAAUACACUUUGAGAGAUGCGAGUAUCAAUAUUGUGCAUUUUUUCGGAAUGAAAAACAAUCGCGGCAAAGAUCGCUGAAGAGACAUAAAUUUUUCAUAUCUAAUAUCAUUUUUCUUGAUGAUUGAAAAAUGAAUAUUGUAUAAAAAAAUUUUCUCUAUCUUUAUUUUCAGCUUACUAAAUAUACGUCAAUAUAUACACUUGAUCCCCUUUUUGGUUGUAUAACGGUUAUUGUAUUAUGAUAAAUUUAUUUUACGCUAAGGAAAAAAAUACCAAAUUGAGUUACUCGACGAGAGAUUCUAUCGAGUUUCGUAAACCAUUAUUUAUGUAAUAUCAAUAAUCAAUUUAUGCAUUCCAUUUGACUCGUUAGAAUACAAUGAAUACAGCCACACACUAAUCACUAUAUAGACAUUCUCAAAGUUUGAAUAUAAUCCACAUGAUUAAGAGUGUUUCGAUAUCAUUGUGUUCAACAUAAUUAAGUGAUUUAACAAAAAGAAAAAAGAAAAAGUAAAAGAAUAGAUGUUUAACGCGAUUUCAGUACGUGCGCGAUUUGCCGCCACCUGUAAUCGCUGUACAUAUAUUUAGUCACGUAUGUAUAAUAGUCGUAAAGAGUUUCUAUUAUCGUGAAACAGAAAGAAGAGGAAAGCGCGCUACGCGAGCGCAAUUUAAAGAGAAUGCUUAAUAUACAUUACGUCGUGAUAUAUUCUCGAUUGACCACGCAUCGGAUUCACAGCAUUAAAACGAAAAAACGGUAUUUCAAGCUGAACAAGUGCCAAUUUAUACGAUAUCGAUUUCCUGGGAGAGAAAACUGGAUGAUCUGAAUAAAAGUUCGAUAUUAUUUUUUACAGUAACUUAUUGAUUACUGUAUAUGCGCAAAUUAUGAAUCUAACUAACAUAUAUAGCCUCGUAUUACCUCGUUUCUUCAUUUAUUUCUUGAAUGUUUUUAUAAAAACGAUAAUUUAAUUAAAAAGCAAGUUAAACAUAUUUUUCUUAUAUUGUAUUAUAGAUUUCUAGAUUUAUUCUAUACUUAUGUGUUUCAAUUUUAUGACUAAAGCGACUUAUAAAUUUACGUAGAAUGUGAGAAAUGAGAUGCUAAAGCAUAUGUAGAGCGGACACAUUUAUCACUUGUUCUUGUGUCUCUCAUCACUCAAGUAUGUACAACUAUUUUUACAUUGCUUACGUAUAUUUAAUAAUAUUAUUUUAUAUAAUAAGUAAUAGCAUUUCACAAUUAAAAAUGUUCAAUGUGUACAUGUAAGUAAUAUUUCUUCAUCAAUAUUUGUUGUUAUUGAGAAGGAAAAUCAAGAGAUAUAAGAUUAUUAAACAGAAAGGUCUUCCCAAAACGCUUAAUGCAAUAGAGAUCAGUACAAAAAGAAAUGUCAAAGCCUCCCUGUCCAAAGUUUAAUAAGAAACAAUAACUUGACUAAACUUGAUUGAAACUCUAGUGUCAUCCAGCAGAAAUUUUUCUCCUAAGAUGUAGUUGCGAUUUUUAAUAGCUGUCAUAAAUUAACUAAACGCAUCUUUCGCAUCGAUAUCGUUUCUGAAGCGUCAAAUUAAAAUAUGAAAUAUUUCUGUAAUCUCAGAGAAAUGAAAGAAAUAUCACUAUUAUAAAAGAUAUUAAUCUAUUUUUUUAAGAAUUUAGUGCAAGUAAAACCUCUUUCUUUUCCGAUGAGUAGUCAAUGCGAGAAAGUACAUACAAUGUAAACACAUACAAAUUUAGAAUAGUUACGAAUUUUCGACAAAUCCGAUCGGCUUAUAUUAUAAUCGACGAUAAUUAUCAUCGUGCCAGAAUCAGAUUCUUGCGAGGCGUCCAAUCUGGUUUUUUUUUUUUUUUUUUUUUACAAUAACAUGAACCAUGCAUAGUAUUCCGAUUUCUGUCGAUAGGAGAUACCUAUACUUUUAAGUAAAAUAUUCCUAAUAGACAGUUAAAACAUUUAUUGAUGUCUUUGAUCUAAUAUUAAUUGAUUACAUAUUAUUAAUGUUAAUAUUGAUUGAAUACAUACUAACACAUACUAACCUUGUUUACAUAUAUUUUAUUGAUGAGAUGUACUUUUACUAAUACAUACUUGUAUCUAUUUUUAUCUUUCUCUCUUCCACAAAGAGAAAAUAACGCUUAUAUAACAAUCGUGAGGACGUUUCGCAUUAACCGUGCCCUUGUUAAGCUAAGAGAAAGAUCGUGUUCGUCGUUUGAGUCUAGUUAAAUCAAAUUGCAUUUAUGCAAUGUGGACAAUGGAUAUUAGGCCAUGUUGAGCCAUUUGUUUGGUAUUUAUGCGAAAGAUACUCUAUUUGAAUUUUCUUUAAUAUUAAAACAAAUCACGAAAAAUUUUUUGCGGUGAUGCACAAUGUGUUCUGUAUGGUAUAGUGCUCUAUUAUGUAGUACUUUGAAAAUUAAAUACAAUUAUGCUCGA